AUGCAAAGUCGACAGGCGCUUGAUCUGCUGACUGCCACAGCCGGUGACCUGCGCAAUCUCUUGGAGGUCGGAGAGUAUACGAGUGUCCAGCUUGUCGAGCAGUAUCUGAAGCAGAUAGCGCGACAUAACCACCAGGGCAUGAAGCUCAAUGCAAUGAUCUCGACACGCGCUACUGACGCUGCUCUCGCAGAGGCUCACGAAAUGGACGUGGAGCGACUCAAGUCGGGUGCUAGGUCUCGGCUUCAUGGCAUUCCCAUCAUCGUCAAAGACCUUAUAUGCACACCUUCUUUUGGUAUGGGGACAACAUCAGGCUCCCUGGCACUGCAGGGCCUGAAUGCAAGUAUCGACGCCCCCAUUGCCACCAUGCUCAAAAAUGCCGGUUGCGUUCUCAUCCGGAAGUCGAACCUUUCGGAAUGGGGAAACUCGAAGGGUUCUGGAGUAACAAGUGGAUGGUCCGCCAUCGGAGGCCAGACCCAGUCGCCGUACGUUGAAGGUGGCGUCGACCAUAAGGACAAAUGGAUGGGACAUAGUACCCCUGGAGGCUCAUCCUCAGGUUCCGCCGUCGGGACUGCAGCCGGAUUUGCACCCCUCGGUAUCGGUACCGAGGCAGACGGCUCCAUCGUUCAGCCAGCAAUUCGCGCUGCGCUGUACGCUAUAAAGGCGACAGUUGGGGAUGUGGAAGACUGUGCCGAUGUGUUGGAAAUCCUUCUUCCUGGGCGAGAUUUCCGUUCGCACUUGAAGAAAUCCUGGGAUGGUGUCUCCAUUGCCUACUUAGACUACGAGGAGUGGCAAUUUCCAGAUGCUGUUUGCGACAAGACCCCUGCUUUCGACGAGCAACAUAAAAUGGAAAUGAGUGAGGCCCUGACAAAGGCCGAGAGUUUGGGGGCCAAGGUCACCUUCAACGCACCACUUAUGUCAAUGCAGGAAGUAGUGGGAAAAUAUGACACUGUCCAGAUGGGACAGAUUGCUAGACAUCAGCUUCGGCCCACUUUGGAGAGGUUCCUUGCCUUGUUUGACGACCCCAAACUUCGAAAGCUGGAGGAUCUUGUCGAGUUCAACAAACAGCAUGCAUCCCAAGAAUUACCGCCAGAGCAACCCAGCCAACAAGUGUUGGAGAAUGGUCUGAGCGAUAACAUAACUGAUGCAAAGUACGAGCAAGGAUUGAGGCAUCUUCGCCAAAGUAUGCGGGACAGUAUUGAAAAGUGUCUAGCCGAGUCCAAGGCAGAUGUGAUCAUGGCGUCUGGAGAGUCCCUUUUGACGAGCAUUGCAGCAGUUGCUGGCUAUCCUAUUGCCAGCGUUCCUCUGGGGUUCUCAACUCUGAAUGGAAGACCGUCAGGUAUGGAAAUAAUGGCUCGCAAUGGGGACGAGGAAAAGAUAUUUGAAGUGAUGUCCGCCUGGGAAGUUACUUUCCCAGAUGGGAGACGUCCACCACCUCUCCUUGCGAAAUGGGAAGCAAGCCUGUAA